UCAGAGCCUCCUUCCCCUGACUGGCCCCUCCUCACUCCGGAGCAGCUAUUUCCAAACCCCACCACCACCCACUGGCGCCGCCAGGGAUCCUAGGGUGAAUUAUUCCAGGAAGUUUCAAUGAGAAAGCCGAAAAACUAAGUCACCCUUGGCCAGCCAACCCCAGUGACGGAAAGUACUGCGCCCACGCUGGUGAGUUGCGGGAUUUCUCUGGGAAGAGGAAGAAAGGGAAGUGGAGACAUUUGGGAAGCUGGCAGCCUGGCUCUUUCUUCCUCAUGGCUUCAUCCAGUGGCUCCAGCGAUGUCUGCUCCCGUGUCAUCGAUCACAGCCAGGUCCCCGACUUUGAGGUGGUCACUUGGAUCAAAAUCACCCUCUUCUUGGUGUACCUGGUCAUCUUCGUGGUGGGCAUCUUGGGCAACAGCGUCACCAUCCGGGUUACACAGGUAUUGCAGAAAAAGGGCUAUUUGCAGAAGGAGGUGACAGAUCACAUGGUCAGUCUGGCUUGUUCAGAUAUCUUGGUCUUUUUGAUUGGCAUGCCCAUGGAGUUCUACAGCAUCAUUUGGAACCCCCUGACCACACCCAGCUACCCGCUGUCCUGUAAGAUCCACACGUUCCUCUUUGAGACGUGCAGCUACGCCACGUUGCUGCACGUGCUGACCCUCAGCUUUGAGCGCUACAUUGCCAUUUGCCAUCCCUUCAGGUAUAAGGCCGUGUCUGGACCUUGCCAGGUGAAACUGCUGAUCGGCUUUGUAUGGGUCACCUCGGCCCUGGUGGCGCUGCCCUUGCUCUUUGCCAUGGGUGUCGAGUACCCCCUGGUGUCUGUGCCCACCCGCAGAGGAUUCAACUGCAACCUCUCUCGCACCCGCCACCACGAGCAACCCGAGACCUCCAAUAUGUCCAUCUGCACAAACCUCUCCAGCCGCUGGACUGUCUUCCAGUCCAGCAUCUUUGGGGCCUUUUCAGUUUACUUGGUGGUCCUGGCGUCUGUGGCUUUCAUGUGUUGGAAUAUGAUGAAAGUGCUAAUGAAGAGCAAGCGCGGUACCCUGGCCGGAAGCGGGCCACAGCUGCAGAUGAGGAAGUCAGAGAGUGAGGAAAGCCGGACAGCGAGAAGACAGACCAUCAUAUUCCUGAGUGAGUCCGGGUCGCAGGCGAUCCUGGGGCUUCUGGCCUGA